UCUAAUCAAAACUAUAAAAGUUCAAUUUUGUUAAUAGUUAUAAUUUGUAAAAUAUAAAUGGAAAAUAUAAUCUUUAAUAAGGAUCAAGAGAUGGAGUCCACUCAUUAUAAAGAUUACUCACAAGAAGAUUUGUUUUUAGUUCCAGAACCAAAACAAUCAAACGAUCAACAUAAUUCUUCUGAUCUAUUUGGAAAAAAAAAGAAAGAUAAAAGUAAAAAACAAAUCGAAGCAGAAGAAAGAGAAAAAAUGAGAGUUCUUGUGUCCAACUUCACCGAAGAACAAUUGGAUAGAUAUGAAAUGUAUAGAAGAUCAGUGUUUCCUAAAGCAGCAAUUAAAAGGAUCGUACAAACCAUCACUGGAAAUUCUGUUUCUCAAAAUGUUGUAAUUGCCAUGUCGGGUAUUGCAAAAGUAUUUAUUGGUKAAAUAGUUGAAGAAGCUCUUGAUAUAAUGGAAGCUCAAGAAGAUUCAGGACCAUUACAUCCCAAACACUUGAGGGAGGCUGUAAGGCGACUUAGAAAAACUGGAGCUAUUCCAUCUUCCAAAGGUAGAAAGCUGCCUUUUUACAUUUAGAUAGGUACCUAAUAUAAAUCUAAACGUAUUUGUUUAACAAUCUAUUAUUUUUUUAACUUGAGAACUAAUGUAAAUGUUGAAUGUAUAUAUUUGACAGUAGAGCAUUUAAUUAUAUUGAUAAAUAAGAAAAAAUCUAUUUAUUUAUGUUCUUAUUAAAAUCUUUUAUAUCAAAAAUCUGUAUUUAAAAAAAAAAUUGUUUUUAAAUGUCUGCUGGUCAGCGAUUGCAGACUGGCCUGUUGGCCGUAUUAUUUAAUUUGUCAUUGUCACUAAAUUAUUUUUAAGAAUAAAAUUUG